UACGCAAGGCAACGGUCAUAUCCAUUCAUAACCCAUUCUUACGAUUUUACAUGAAACCGCACCAAUUGUGACUUCCUCUCUCUCUCUCUCUCUCUCGUGGUUUUUUUGGUCAUGGCGCCCAAACCACAUGCACACUCCUCACUACCACUUCCACUUCUUCUUCUCUUCCUCCUUCUCAAUCUCACUCCACCGUCGCAUCAACAACAAAACCAGAAAAUUAGCACCGUCGAUCUCCACGCCCUCACCGCCAUCAAGAACUCCCUCACCGAUGUCCCCUUCCGAGGUGCCACAGCAUUCUUCUCCACCUGGGACUUCGCCGCACCAGAUCCCUGCUCCACCUUCUCCGGCGUCACCUGCACCUCCGGCAGAGUCACCACCCUCACUCUCGGCACUGGCCUCUCCGACUCGCCCGGCCUCGCCGGGUCGCUCCCUCCCUCCCUCGCCGACCUCACCGAGUUGACUCAGCUCAUCCUCUUCCCCGGAAUCGUCACAGGUCCAAUCCCGUUCCAACUCGGCCAACUCGCCAACCUCCGAGUCAUCUCGUUAACCAACAACCGCCUCACCGGUCCGAUUCCCCAGACCCUCUCUCUCCUCUCCAACCUCCACACCCUCGACCUCAGCUACAACCGGCUCACCGGGUCAAUCCCCUCGGGUCUGACCCGUUUACCGGCUUUGAAAGUCCUCAUCCUCGCCUCCAACUCCCUCUCCGGCGACCUGCCGCACGACGUGUCGUCUCAGCUCCUUCACCUGGACUUAAAACGCAACAAGCUCACCGGUCCCUUACCGCCUUCUCUCCCGACGACGCUCCGUUACUUGUCGUUCUCGGAAAACGAAAUGUCGGGUCCCAUCGGCUCCCUCUUCGACUCGCUCGCCGAUGUAGUCCACCUCGAUCUAGGCAUGAACCGUCUCAGUGGACCCCUCCCUCAGACUCUGUUCCGUACCACACUCCAGUCGCUGCUGUUGCAACGGAACAAUCUCUCCGGGUGGGUCCCGCCCGUGGAGUCCCAGCCCCCAUCCUACGGCGAGGGCUCGAUCGUGGAUUUGAGCCACAACUCCAUAACGGGUGAGCUGUCGCCGAUCCUGGCGGGGGUGGAGAACUUGUUUUUGAAUAACAACCGUCUGAUUGGGAACGUACCGAGGGAGUACGUUAAGAGCGUGUACGUGGGCACCACCAGAACAUUGUAUUUACAGCACAAUUACAUAUCCGGGUUCCAUGUUGAGCCGGGGUCGAUGUUGCCCGAUACGGUGUCGUUGUGCUUGAGUUACAACUGCAUGGUGCCCCAGGUGGGGAUGGAGGCGUGCCCGGCCAGUGCGGGAACGGAGCUGUCGAGGCCGGCGUCGCAGUGUUCGGUGUUCACUUACGGCUAGGAUCAAUCGCUUGAUACACAUUGGUGAUUGAUCGGCAAUUAACAUGAUUAAGCGUAUAUUAGGGAAGCUUGUCCUACAUAACAUUAUUAGUUUUUAUUUUCCAUAUAGGGUUUUAUUUUGAACAUUUGUUUUGAUUUGUGUUCAUAUUUGUUUGCGUAAACCUGUAAGGGAAGUGUCCCAUGACAGACAUACGUGUUAAUAGUAAAAGAAAAUUUACAUUUCUU